AAUAAAAAAAGACAACAGCAAAGAUGUUGUCACUAUUGCGUUUGUUGACAAGACAAAAGAAAGUGUCGCAUGAAAAAACGCCACACUUCAAUCGAUGUUUGACUACAUGGGACUUGGUAUCCCUAAGCAUUGGCGCUACCCUUGGAGCUGGAAUUUACGUUGUUACAGGUCAGGUUGCUGGAAGUGUUGCUGGUCCAGCUGUUAUUCUUUCAUUUACAAUUGCUGCCAUUGCUUCAGUGCUGUCAGGUUUAUGCUAUGCAGAAUUUGGUGCUCGAGUUCCUCAUACGACAGGAUCAGCGUAUACUUACAGCUAUGUGACUGUUGGUGAAUUUUCUGCAUUUGUGAUUGGUUGGAAUCUAAUUCUGGAAUACAUGAUUGGUACUGCUGCAGAUGCAAGAGCGCUCAGUGGUUGCUUCGAUUACGUUAUUGGGAAUGCUAUACGUAAUUUUACCCUAGCACAUAUUGGAAAAUUUCACAUCCCGACCCUCGGAGAUACAUACCUGGACUUUCUAUCCUGUGUUUUAACUCUUGUUGUUACCGUGGUUUUAGCAUCAGGGGUUAAACAGUCUUCGUUAUUCAGCACAAUAUGUAACGUGGUUAAUCUUGCCGUUGUUGGAUUUAUCAUAAUAGCGGGUGCUUUUUAUGUCAGACGUGAAAACUGGAGUAAGAAAUCCGGAUUUUUUCCGUACGGUGUUUCAGGCGUUCUUGGUGGAGCUGCUACCUGUUUUUAUGCGUUUAUAGGCUUCGAUAUCAUUGCAACUACAGGACAGGAAACUAAAAAUCCACAUAGAUCCAUACCUUUGGCAAUAAUGAUUAGCCUGUUUAUAGUUUUCAUGUGUUAUUUCAGCGUUUCAUCGAUUAUCACACUGAUAGUGCCUUAUUAUACACUUGAUAAGUUAUCACCCAUUCCGAACGCCUUUGCCCAACGUGGGUUUCGUAUCGCGACGUAUAUUGUUGGCAUUGGUGCUGUAUGUGGUUUAUUUUCUAGUCUUAUGGGCUCCUUGUUCCCACUUCCCAGAAUAAUCUAUGCGAUGGCAAAAGAUGGGUUGUUGUUUGAAGCAUUUAAGAAAGUAAGUCAUAAAAGUGAGAUACCUUUUGUUGCAACAAUUUAUCCAGGAAUGUUAACUGCCUUGCUUGCUCUAAUAUUUAACUUGGAUGAACUGGUUGAGAUGAUGUCUAUUGGAACCCUUCUUGCCUAUACACUUGUAUCCCUAUGUGUCCUCAUUCUUCGCUAUCAACCGUCAGGAGAUUUGUCUUCCUACACAAGUUUUGAAUUCGGUAAACUUGUUCUAAAUGACGGAGAGAACGUGAAAGAUCCUGAAACAAUCUUCCCAAAUGAUUCCGAUAAAAUGGAGGAUAAUACUGAUUAUAUGGAUGAACGCGAUCGUGAUAAAUUAUUAGUUAAAGAUAAGAAGAGCUGCAACCUUGCAGUCCUCGAACAACGGAGGGGUCUUGAUCAGAGAAGGCCUCCCUAUUCCUCUUCAAUACCUACAGCAAAAACUGGUCGCAUUGUAUGUUGGGCGUCGAUGCUUCUUUGUGCUUCAGUGCUUGCUUUUUUCGUUUUGAUAACUCAUGGAGUUGAAAAAAUUCUUCAAAAAGAUUACGUUGUUAUCGCGCUCGUAAUUUUCAUAGGUUUUAUCUGCAUUGCAUGCAUAUGUGUUAUUGCUUUGAUGCCACAGAAUUGUGUCAAAUUGUCCUUCAGUGUUCCGUGUGUCCCAGGAGUACCCAUCACGGCAAUAUUCUUCAAUAUUUUUCUAAUGAGUAAGCUUUCGAGAAUCACCUGGUUGCGCUUUGCCAUUUGGAUGAUAUUAGGUCUUUGUGUUUACCUAUUUUACGGCAUGAGAAACAGUUUAGUCGGUAUCCAUCAAAGGAUGACAUACACACAAAAGGAAGAGAAGGCACAUGUCCUUGCCAAGACUUUUUGUCAGUUUAACUACAAUAUGGACGUGAUUCCUGCACAUCGUGAUUUUGCCAAGGAAAAGUCUUCACCAAUAAGUCCUAUUUUUUGGUCAAGUUUGCAAAAAUAUCAUUUCGUCACCGCUGAUGGUGAUGGAAAAGGGAGGACGAACGGAUUGUAUUAGAAACCAAUGAUUAGGUGUAAUUUCUAAUUUUCAUUUUCUUUUUGAUUUGUUAACCUUCACUUCACCUUAUAAUAUUACAUAGAGAAUGACAUUUAUCGUGCCAAGCACUGUGAAAAAAGCAUUUCACCUGAGAAGUUAUUGCUUGGCGAAGAAUUAUUUACAAUGUUAAUACGCAAUUUGUUUUGUAUUGAAGAAAUUGAGUGUAAAAUCUAAAUAUUUUCAUGCAAAUUUACAUCAUCAACGUCAACCGCCAUGAACUUCAGCUGGAAAGAAAAAGUUCUUCAAGUAGCGAAAUUAUUUUUGCUUGCAGUCAAGGCAAGAGGUACCAUUAGAUCUCCGAAGAAGGUCACUCCUGGAAUAUUGUUUAUUCACAUGAUUAUCAUGUUAACUGUUUGGAUGGCACAAUAAAAAUGAAUUUUAUUAACGCAA